UGUAUUCUCUAUUGCGCAUGACUGUAUGGCGGAAUAUGAAGUAGAAGCCUUCUGUUUUUCUCCGAGCUUAGAGUCCAACCCCCCCGAAUCAACCUCUGAAAAACAAAAACGCGGAGCCAUUAAAUCUAAAAUUUGGGCAGGGUGGAGUGAUGGCCGUGCUGGGCCCAGCGUCUGGUGUCCAGAGAUGAUAGAGGUGACCUCAGAGUCACCUUUAACCCCUGAUCCCCACCACAACCCCUGAGAGCGAGCUGAAACUGUCCACACACAGGCUGCAGUGGGGUCCUCUUCCAAAUGACUACCUCAGGCCUACAGACUGUUUCACUGCAGCCACAGUCCUGAACAACAGCCAGUCAUGACAUCAAGCAUAGGGGAUGAUUCUAGCAUCUUCGAUGGGUCGAUGGAAGAAGAUGAGAAGGACAAAGCAAAACGCGUGUCCCGUAACAAGUCAGAGAAGAAGAGACGCGACCAGUUCAAUGUCCUCAUCAAGGAGCUGGGGACCAUGUUGCCUGGCAUCACACGCAAGAUGGACAAGUCCACCAUCCUGCAGAAGAGCAUCGACUUCCUGUGUAAACACAACGAGACCUCUGCUCAGUCUGAGUCCAGUGAGAUCAGACAGGACUGGAAACCUCCGUUCCUUAGCAACGAGGAGUUCACCCAGCUCAUGCUGGAGGCUCUGGAUGGAUUCUUCAUAGCGAUAAUGACAGACGGGAACAUCAUCUAUGUCUCUGAGAGCGUUACCUCCUUGCUGGAACACCUGCCGUCGGACCUGCAGGACCAGAACCUGUUAGACUUCCUCCCCCUGAAUGAACACUCGGCGGUGUACAAGGCUCUCUCCAAACACCCCUCCGACCCCGAGAGCCUCGGACCAGAGUACCUCAAGACCAAUAACCAGCUGGAGUUUAGUUGCCACGUGUUGAGAGGAACCAUCGACCCGAAAGAACCGGCCGUCUACGAGCACGUCAAAUUCAUCGGCAACUUCAAGUCCAUGAACGACGUCCCCAACACCACCAGGAAUGGUUUAGCAGGAGUGUUACAGAGAUCCCUACAACCUGCCUUUGAUGACCUGGUCUGCUUCGUAGCCACCGUCAGGCUGGCUAAACCACAGUUCAUCAAGGAGAUGUGUACAGUGGCGGAGCCCAAUGAAGAGUUCACCUCCCGACACAGCCUGGAGUGGAAGUUCUUAUUCCUAGAUCACAGGGCUCCACCAAUCAUAGGCUACCUUCCAUUUGAGGUUCUGGGGACGUCGGGCUACGACUACUAUCAUAUAGACGACCUGGAGACACUGGCCAAGUGUCACGAACACUUGAUGCAGUAUGGUAAAGGGAAGUCGUGUUACUACAGGUUCCUGACUAAGGGUCAGCAGUGGAUGUGGCUCCAGACUCGUUACUACAUCACCUAUCACCAGUGGAACUCCAGGCCUGAGUUCAUCGUCUGCACACACACCGUGGUCAGCUAUGCGGAGGUGAGGGCAGAGCAGCGUAGAGAGCUGGGUAUCAUUGAAGAGCCCCCCCCUGAGGUAACUAUGGACAAGCAGAGUCAAGACAGUGGAUCUGAGUCUCAGCUCAACACAGUUUCCAGCCUAAAAGAGGCACUGGAACGUUUUGACCGUAGCCACACCCCCUCCUCCACCUCUCUGUCCUCACACAGGACCUCCUCACAGCUCUCAGACAACACCUGUACCUCAACAGCUUCCAAGCUCCACAUGGACAUAGCCACGCCCCCUCGUCAGUCACAUGCUGCCUCCACCAUCGAGAUGACAUCACAGAGACGCUCCUCCAUCAGCAGCCAGUCUAUGAGUUCUCAGACCACGGGACACAGUGUGGCUCCCGUCCAUCCUGUCAUACAAGAACACCAACAACAACAUCAGCCAGACGUACAGCCGGUGCUAGAGUUCUCAGCCCAGGUGAAUGUUAUGCAGCACCUGAAGGACCAGCUAGAGCAGAGGACCAGGCUGAUUCAGGCCAACAUCCAGAGACAGCAGGAUGAACUCAGAGCCAUACAGGACCAACUACACAGAGUACAGCCCCCAGCCAUACAGAUGUUUGUGCAGCAGCCGGCUGGAGCGUUGAAUGUCCAGCUGCCUCAGGUGGGGGUGGUGCCACAGGGAGCAGUUCUGACCAAUCAGGUGCAGCAGACUGUCCUAAACCCCGCCCAUACAGGAAGUCAGCUCACCAUUGGGCAGCAGCAGACGCCUCCCCCUCAACAGAACCUCCAACUGCAGCAAAACAACUCUCUCGCUCAGGUCCAGCAGCAGCGUCAGCAGCAGCAGCAGCAACAACAGCCUGUCUAUAACAUGAUCAUGUCCCAGCCUGGCCAGCCCAACCUACUACAGAUCAGUACCAGUCUACCACAGAACAACACACAACAGGCUGUAGCCACCUUCACACAAGACAACACUCAGAUACAGUUUCCGGCGGGCCAGCAGUUGGUGACUAAGUUAGUGACAGCUCCCAUGGCAUGUGGAACGGUUAUGGUGCCGACCUCUAUGUUCAUGGGACAACCGGUCAUCGCUUAUAACCCCUUCGGAGGGCAGCAGGGUGGUCAGACUCUGACCCUCCAGGCAGCCCAGCCCCAACAGAACCAGCCUGACAGCCAGACACAGACGGCUGUAGUGGCACAGAGUAACCAACAGGGGGCGCAGCAGUUCGUACAGGGCACCCGUCUUCUCCACGGCAACCAGCAGCUGAUCCUCCAGGCAGCAUUCCCCAUGCAACAACAGCAACAGGCCUUCGCCCAGGUAACACAACAACAACAACAGUUUCACAACCAGAGGCAUCAGCUGCAGCUGAAACCACAGCCACAGAAACAACCCAAAGGCCCGCCUUCGCACCGGACUGACAGCUCCAGCAGCCAAGCACAGUAGGCCUGGGCGACCCAGGCGUCCAAUCAGACUCUAUGACCUGAAGGCCGAACCAAUCAGAGGUGUGGAGGGGUGUCCUGGAUUGUGUUGUGUGUUUUUCUAAUGGAACUACAGUGUUGGAGUCACCCAACCCCCCCACCUACCGCCCCUACCAAUAUAGCUGCUGUGUUGCCCCCCUCUUAUCUUCCGCCAUAACAAACUGAAUUAUGGGUAACGGUGAGGGUGGCCAGCCCUUCCUCCUAGAAAGCUACUAACUGUGCAGGGUUUGGCUCCGGCUCUGCUCUAACACACCUAUUCAGUUGCUCAUCAGGACCUUGAUGUUCUUCUGGACUGAAUCAGGUGUGUUGGUUAGCGCAGGGCCGGAACAAAAGCCUGCAGUCAGUAGAUCUUCAGGAGGAGGUUUGGCCCCACCCGGAUUACACCUUCCUAAGGAACUCCUCAUCACCAUGGUGACAAUAGUACGGACCGGAACCAUCGGAACCCUGGAUCCCAUAGCAACCAGGAGGAGCGUUGUUGUUUGUGCGUUGGAGGAGAGAAAAACUCGGUGUCCGUGGAAACCCAGUAGAACUCUGCAUUGCCACGGUAACGAGAGACUCCAAAAGGAACUUUGUGGUGAUGGACUGACUCUAUGGGUCUGUACAGUACAGACGUGUGUAACAUAACCAAGAAAACAUGUAAAUACCCAUUAUAGCUACAAGGGAAAAUAACGGAAAUUAGUAUUUUAUAUGAUUGCAUGGGUUAAAUAACUGUACGUUUUUAUUAGUAACUUUUGACAAAAUGACUUUAGACUUUAUUCAGUGUUUUCCUGGUCCGUUCCUGGUCAGUUCCUGGUCAGAUAUGAGGUGACAGACGUUCAGCUAGUAUGAAGAGCGCCUCUCUCUUCCACCUAAAGGUCUUCGGCCCUGUUCCAACACUUUAGAAAAUGCUUUCCUCCCUUCCUGCGGUUAGCAAAGUAAUUCAGUUAAGGGUGUGUUUUAUUUGUGUUGGAACGUGGCCCCCCGGAGAGAGAAACGUUUUUUAAAAGAUGUUGUGUCACCGUUGGUUUAAUGGACGGGCUUGGGUUCUAGUGGAAUGCUGGAAAAUGUCGUUUUUAGACUCAACAUUUUUAAACGUUUUAUCAGAACAACAAGCCCGUCUGAUCCAAUCAAAUCAUGACGACCAAACAGACAGACGGGUAAAUACAGUUUAAACCAGACCAGGGGUGGGCGAUAUUACUUAGCCUGGUCCCAGAUCACUUUGGUCUUGUGUUGGCUCAGUUGGUAGAGCAAGGCACUUGCAACCCCUGAGGUUGGGGGUUUGACUCCAGCUAGGGCCAUCCAUAUGUACGGAUGACUGACUUGGAGCUGCUUUGUACAAAAAAACAAAAACAAACAUCUGCUGAGUUUUCUAUAUGAAUGGUGCUCUCUUACCAACUUGACAACACAACACACAGAUCUGGGACCAUCUGUAACGGGUUUAGUUAUUCCAAGUGCCAAUAGUCACACCACACAGGGUCAGUUGAUUAUAUAUAUAUAUUUUAACAAAGAGGUGUAUAUAUAUUUCCAGAAGUAUAUGACCCUUCUAUCAAGAGUACUGCAUGUAUAUAGAAUGGAUUAUUUUUUAAUGAAGACAGAAACAGAGUCGUAUUAUACAUAACAGACAGUAUAUAUUUAACCUGCCCGUGAUAUUAUAACACUUAAUGAGGUCUAACACAGUAAAUUACAGACCUACAGACAGUAAAUCUCCCCCAUGAUAUUAUAGCACUUAAUGAGGUCUAACACAGUAAAUUACAGACAUACAGACAGUAUAUAUUAUAGCACUUAAUGAGGUCUAACACAGUAAAUUAGAGACCUACAUCUCCCCCAUGAUAUUAUAGCACUUAAUGAGGUCUAACACAGUAAAUUACAGACCUACAGACAGUAUAUAUUAUAGCCCUCCAUGAUAUUAUAACACUUAAUGAGGUCUGACAAAGUAAAUUACAGACAUACAGACAGUAUAUAUUAUAACACUUAAUGAGGUCUAACACGGUAAAUUAGAGACCUACAUCUCCCCCAUGAUAUUAUAGCACUUAAUGAGGUCUAACACAGUAAUUUACAGACCUACAGACAGUAAAUCUCCCCCAUGAUAUUAUAGCACUUAAUGAGGUCUAACACAGUAAAUUACAGACAUACAGACAGUAUAUAUUAUAGCACUUAAUGAGGUCUAACACAGUAAAUUAGAGACCUACAUCUCCCCCAUGAUAUUAUAGCACUUAAUGAGGUCUAACACAGUAAAUUACAGACCUACAGACAGUAUAUAUUAUAGCCCUCCAUGAUAUUAUAACACUUAAUGAGGUCUGACAAAGUAAAUUACAGACAUACAGACAGUAUAUAUUAUAACACUUAAUGAGGUCUAACACGGUAAAUUAGAGACCUACAUCUCCCCCAUGAUAUUAUAGCACUUAAUGAGGUCUAACACAGUAAUUUACAGACCUACAGACAGUAAAUCUCCCCCAUGAUAUUAUAGCACUUAAUGAGGUCUAACACAGUAAAUUACAGACCUACAGACAGUAAAUCUCCCCCAUGAUAUUAUAGCACUUAAUGAGGUCUAACACAGUAAAUUACAGACAUACAGACAGUAUAUAUUAUAGCACUUAAUGAGGUCUAACACAGUAAUUUACAGACCUACAGACAGUAUAUCUACCCCAUGAUAUUAUAGCACUUAAUGAGGUCUAACACAGUAAAUUAGAGACAGUAUUUCUCCCCCAUGAUAUUAUAGCACUUAAUGAGGUCUAACACAGUAAAUUAGAGACAGUAUUUCUCCCCCAUGAUAUUAUAGCACUUAAUGAGGUCUAACACAGUAAAUUAGAGACAUUAUUUCUCCCCCAUGAUAUUAUAGCACUUAAUGAGGUCUAACACAGUAAAUUAGAGACAGUAUAUCUCCCCCAUGAUAUUAUAACACUUAAUGAGGUCUAACACAGUAAAUUACAGACCUACAGACCUACAUCUCCCCCAUGAUAUUAUAGCCCUUAAUGAGAUCUAACACAGUAAAUUACAGACCUAGCUGUUUUGAAUCUGAAUGUGUGUGUGUGUGAGAGUAUGCGAGUAUGUGUGUGUUCUUGUCCAUGCGUUUACCUCUAGACAUUGUGUGUGUGUGUUUACAUUAUGUGUGUGUUUACAUUGUGUGGGUUUCCCCCUGUGUCUUAUACUAACUUCCUUAUUCAAGGAUCCACAAUUUGCUGAAUGGUCUCCCCUCAGGAAUAAAACCUCUGUGUCCCAAAUGGGACCCUACUCUCCUAUUGUCUCUGGUCUAAAAAAGUGCACUAUAUAGGGAAUAGGGUGCCAUAGGGCUCUGGUCUAAAGUAGUGCACUAUAUAGGGAAUAGGGUGCUAUAGGGCUCUGGUCUAAAAAAGUGCACUAUAUAGGGAAUAGGGUGCCAUAGGGCUCUGGUCUAAAGUAGUGCACUACAUUAGGACUAGGGUGCCAUUGGAGAAUGGGCCAAUGACUCAACAGACAUGCAUCUAUCUGUUCCAGUAUACACAGGCCUCACAUGGGGCCCAAUCAUAACCUGACAUCUGCACAUGCCCAGUCUCUCCAGGCCAGACAGAACACGUCACAUGUCUGUCAGGAGGAGAUGGGAAAUUACCGAUAAUAACAAACCAUUCUUCUGGGGCGUUGCUUUUCUGGUUAUUAGGGACGAAUCAACAAAUCAACUCAUGAAAAACAAAUCACAUUUUACGUCACGGAAAUGUAAAGAGUUAUCAACUGACUGACAAGACCCUUGCUAUUUGGCCCAGGUCUGGUCAGUAGUCUGUUGAUAUUUGACCCAGGUCUGGUCAGUAGUCUGUUGAUAUUUGACCCAGGUCUGGUCAGUAGUCUGUCAGUUGAUAUUUGACCCAGGUCUGGUCAGUAGUCUGUCAGUUGAUAUUUGACCCAGGUCUGGUCAGUAGUCUGUUGAUAUUUGACCCAGGUCUGGUCAGUAGUCUGUUGAUAUUUGACCCAGGUCUGGUCAGUAGUCUGUUGAUAUUUGACCCAGGUCUGGUCAGUAGUCUGUUGAUAUUUGACCCAGGUCUGGUCAGUAGUCUGUUGAUAUUUGACCCAGGUCUGGUCAGUAGUCUGUUGAUAUUUGACCCAGGUCUGGUCAGUAGUCUGUUGAUAUUUGACCCAGGUCUGAUCAGUAGUCAGUUGAUAUUUGACCCAGGUCUGGUCAGUUGAUAUUUGACCCAGGUCUGGUCAGUAGUCAGUUGAUAUUUGGCCCAGGUCUGGUCAGUAGUCAGUUAAUAUUUGGCCCAGGUCUGGUCAGUUGUCAGUCAGUUGAUAUUUGACCCAGGUCUGGUCAGUAGUCAGUCAGUUGAUAUUUGACCCAGGUCUGGUCAGUCGUUCGGUCGGUAGUAAUGUAACAGUGAAGCCAUAUCUAACAGUAAAAGCCUUGGACAGGAGGAAUGUGUUGUUUGGAAAAAGGACUUCCCAGAUUGUCUGUGAUGUAGUUUUUGUCUUGGAGAGCAGAGUGGAGAGGGAGAAAGUGUGCACAUGCAUUUGGUCAUUUCUCCUCUUCGUUUUGUUCUACUUCCUGUAUCACACGGGAACAGCCAAUCAGUUCAUGCGUUGCAGUAACGAUGACGACCAGUGAAUAUUCUAGAAUCUUCCUGUGUGUUUGUGCCGGUGAUGAUGAGAGAGAGAGAGAGAUGCAGCCCUACGUGAAUACAUGUUAGUGUGAGACUGAGCGUUGUGUCACAACCACCUCCACUGUGGUCCUGUGGAUUACACACCAAGGUAUUAAUGCUUAGACUGACGGGUGGCUUCAUGGGGAAUCCAUUACCUAUGAAGCUAUGACAAAGUGUGUGUCUCACACACACACACACACACACACACACACACACACACACACACACUUUGACACCACAACCCUCAGCAAAUUCAGGUCCUUUUAGUUGUUGAGUUUUUUUAUUGCUGAAAAAAUGCACCUGUUAAACUGUUGUUGUAGUGUUUCCACAUCACUGAUAUACACCCAGCCCAGAGAAUGUACCGGAAAGACUUAACGUAGGUACCCUGUUUGACUGUGUCCCUAAAUUACACCCUAUUCCCUAUAUAGUGCACUUGUCCAGAGCUGGUCUAAAGUAGUGCACUAUAUAGGGAAUAGGGUGGGACGUAGCCAUUCUGCUGUAGAAGAGAAACAGGCUGUGUAAUGAAGUGGUUCAAUCAUGUUCCAUUUAUAGUGGGGCGGCAGGGUAGCCUAGUAGUUAGAGCGUUGGAUUAGUAACCGAAAGGUUGCAAGAUUGAAUCCCCCGAGCUGACAAGGUAAAAAUCUGUUGUUCUGCCCCUGAACAAGGCAGUUAACUCACUGUUCCUAGGCUGUCAUUGAAAAAUAAGAAUUUGUUCUUAACUGACUUGCCUGGUUAAAUAAAGGUAAAAUUUAAAAAGUAUGAGAAUCAAGUUCUGAAAUUCUAUGUUCUGAUUCUAUGCUUCCGUUGUUCUGAGCAGUUCUGUUUGGAAUGUUCUGAAUGUUGGACCUGAACGGUGGUUCUUUACCUGCAUCGCGGACAUGCUGGAUUUGUUUUGAAAACAGACACCAGAAACGGGUCAGGUGACUACAGGAAAUGGGACGUUAUGUAUUAUUCAUGUGAAUACCAUUGAAGACUGAAGCCCAACUGUUAUUUCACCAGAAACCCUGCUAGUUUACUGGUUAAAAACCAGCUUAGAAACCUUACAUACCAAGUAACCCCAACUAGGUUUAAUGUACACUUACCAGGUAACCCCAACUAGGUUUAAUGUACACUUACCAGGUAACCCCAACUAGGUUUAAUGUACACUUACCAGGUAACCCCAACUAGGUUUAAUGUACACUUACCAGGUAACCCCAACUAGGUUUAAUGUACACUUACCAGGUAACCCCAACUAGGUUUAAUGUACACUUACCAGGUAACCCCAACUAGGUUUAAUGUACACUUACCAGGUAACCCCAACUAGGUUUAAUGUACACUUACCAGGUAACCCCAACUAGUUGUAAUGUACACAUACCAGGUAACCCCAACUAGGUUUAAUGUACACUUACCUGGUAACCCCAACUAGGUUUAAUGUACACUUACCAGGUAACCCCAACUAGUUGUAAUGUACACUUACCAGGUAACCCCAACUAGUUUUAAUGUACACUUACCAGGUAACCCCAACUAGUUGUAAUGUACACUUACCAGGUAACCCCAACUAGUUUUAAUGUACACUUACCAGGUAACCCCAACUAGGUUUAAUGUACACUUACCAGGUAACCCCAACUAGUUUUAAUGUACACUUACCAGGUAACCCCAACUAGUUGUAAUGUACACUUACCAGGUAACCCCAACUAGUUGUAAUGUACACUUACCAGGUAACCCCAACUAGUUGUAAUGUACACUUACCAGGUAACCCCAACUAGUUGUAAUGUACACUUACCAGGUAACCCCAACUAGUUGUAAUGGACACUUACCAGGUAACCCCAACUAGUUGUAAUGGACACUUAUCAGGUAACCCCAACUAGUUGUAAUGGACACUUACCAGGUAACCCCAACUAGUUGUAAUGGACACUUAUCAGGUAACCCCAACUAGUUGUAAUGGACACUUACCAGGUAACCCCAACUAGUUGUAAUGGACACUUACCAGGUAACCCCAACUAGUUGUAAUGUACACUUACCAGGUAACCCCAACUAGUUGUAAUGUACACUUACCAGGUAACCCCAACUAGGUUUAAUGUACACUUACCAGGUAACCCCAACUAGUUUUAAUGUACACUUACCAGGUAACCCCAACUAGGUUUAAUGUACACUUACCAGGUAAUUUCAACUAGGUUUAAUGUACACUUACCAGGUAAUUUCAACUAGGUUUAAUGUACACUUACCAGGUAACCCCAACUAGUUUUAAUGUACACCUACCAGGUAACCCCAACUAGUUUUAAUGUACACUUACCAGGUAAUUUCAACUAGUUUUAAUGUACACUUACCAGGUAACCCCAACUAGUUUUAAUGUACACUUACCAGGUAACCCCAACUAGUUUUAAUGUACACUUACCAGGUAAUUUCAACUAGUUGAAUGUACACUUACCAGGUAACCCCAACUAGUUUUAAUGUACAGGUAACCCCAACUAGUUUUAAUGUACACUUACCAGGUAACCCCAACUAGUUUACUGUACACUUACCAGGUAACCCCAACUAGUUUACUGUACACUUACCAGGUAACCCCAACUAGUUUACUGUACACUUACCAGGUAACCCCAACUAGUUUACUGUACACCACAGGUGUCAAACUCAUUCCACGGGGGGGCGAGUGUCUGCGGGUUUUCGCUCCUCCCUCAUACUUGAUUGAUGAAUUAACAUCACUAAUUAGUUAGGAACUCCCCACACCUGGUUGUCUAGGGCUUUAUUGAAAGGAAAAACCAAAAACCUGCAGACACUAGGCCCUCCGUGGAAUGAGUUUGACACCCCUGCUGUACACUUACCAGGUAGUCCCAACUAGUUUUAAUGUACACUUACCAGGUAAUCCCAACUAGUUUACUGUACACUUACCAGGUAACCCCAACUAGUUUACUGUACACUUACCAGGUAACCCCAACUAGUUUUAAUGUACACUUACCAGGUAAUCCCAACUAGUUUACUGUACACUUACCAGGUAACCCCAACUAGUUUACUGUACACUUACCAGGUAACCCCAACUAGUUUUAAUGUACACUUACCAGGUGACGUCCAACUGGUUUGAAUGUACACUUACCAGGUAGUCCCAACUAGUUUUGAUGUACACUUACCAGGUGACGUCCAACUGGUUUGAAUGUACACUUACCAGGUAACCCCAACUAGUUUACUGUACACUUACCAGGUAACCCCAACUAGUUUACUGUACACUUACCAGGUAACCCCAACUAGUUUACUGUACACUUACCAGGUAGUCCCAACUAGUUUACUGUACACUUACCAGGUAACCCCAACUAGUUUACUGUACACUUACCAGGUAACCCCAACUAGUUUUAAUGUACACUUACCAGGUAAUCCCAACUAGUUUACUGUACACUUACCAGGUAAUCCCAACUAGUUUACUGUACACUUACCAGGUAACCCCAACUAGUUUACUGUACACUUACCAGGUAACCCCAACUAGUUUACUGUACACUUACCAGGUGACGUCCAGCAGUGUAAAUGGCGUGCAUCUCCUCUUCCUGUCACCAGCUGUGUUCUCCCUCUUUCCCAAAGCAACAUGGAAACAUAGUUUCCUGUAUUCUAAACCCUCCUCCCUUUCUCCCUCGGUCAAUAUGAAAAUAAAACCCGAUUUACAAAUGUA